CGGGCCGUCGAGAGAGAGAUGGCGUCCGUGAACGUUUUCUUCGGCCGGAGAGCACGCUCCGCCAGUUACCGAUCAGGUGGUGGCUCAGGCCCCGGUGACCUGCAGCGCAGCGGCCCGAACUGCGGCCUGGGGAGGCUGGUGAGGAAACUAAGGAGGCAGAGCAAGAUGCUGUCCGUGGCGAUGACCAAAUCAACCGCCUUCGGCUGCCAGUACGAUCCUCUGAGCUACUCCAGAAACUUCGAUCGUAAUGGAUUCGGGGCUGCGCUUGACGACGACGACGACGACGAGGACGGUUCCUCCGACCAUUUUUACUAUACGUUCUCGUCGAGGUUCGUCGCCGGUACUUCUUCCUCCUGCAGUUGCAGAGUGCCCUGUAAUUGUGGGAUUAAUGUAGCCGCCGAUGCCGCCGCCGCCGCCAGCCUCUAGAACAGCUUUGAUUCUUUCAUUUUUUUUAAUCCAUUUGAGACGACGCUAGCUAGCUAGCUAGCUGGCGCGCUUCUCAUGCAUCAAAGAUUAAGUAGUUGAAAUUCAUGGCAUUUUAAUUUUCUUUAUAUAAUUUCUUUUUCCUUUUUUC